AUGACGAUCUGUACUUUCAAUAAACGAACGCAUGUAUCGGAUGCGUGCGUCGAAGAUCUGAUGACGCAUGCCAAGAAUAUCAGGUGUCCUCGUCAACAAGCACUUGGCCAUGAAAAUCGAUUCAUACGAAAGCUUGACAACCCGAAUCGGAUGUUUGCGGUUGAGAAGAUAUGGCUCAACCUAGCUUUAAUCUUCGUUGUUUACGCUCUCACAUCGAGCUACGACGAAGAAGAGGCCUUCGUCGGUGAUUUCAACGUCAAGAUUGGCAACAGAAGAACGGUUGAAGAGCUCCACAUCGGUGGGUUUCUGGAAAAUUCCGUCCGCGACAACAUCGAUGAAGAAUACGACCGGACUCUUGAGCUGAUAUGCCAUCGUGGAGUCGCGCGAACUGCAGGCAAUAAUCAGCCAAGAUCUGAAAGCGAGAAGAAAGCAGCUUCGACUGAAGCCGCCGAGGCUGGGAAGCCAUUCGCAAGGCUGUUUAUCAUCGAUACGUGUUGUUGUUUGCCGGAGUCCCUUGGUAGAUCCUUCAUAUUUGGAUUCAUUCGGGAUUCUAAUUUGGAUGUGGACAACCAGGUGUUGUCAAUUACAGUCUUGAAUGGAGGUGAUCAAGAUUGCCGCUUCAACUUGACCUAUCGUGAUGAUUACAACAUGAGGACUCCUCCGAGAACUACAUCGUUUGUGGUUAGCAAGGGCAUGACAGAGAUACCUGUGCCAUCGUGGUACGGUUGGCAAUACGACACUCCUGGUAUGCAAGUAGAGAGUGGUCCGAAUCAACUGCUGACAGGCGCAAGCAGUUGUGAUGUUACGGUGAUCGCGAAUAACUACGACCAGUCUACCCAUCAGGGAGACUCGUUUCUUGGUAAGCAAUAA